AUGGAUUAAUAAAUUGAUGAUCAGGAGGAUGUUGAUAAUUUAAUUACCAUAUUAGAAGAUUUAAAUUUUUUUGAAGAUUAUUCAGUAGAAUUAUUAUAUAAUUAAGUAACUUAGCUUUCAAAUUAAGAUAAAGAAAUAAUUAAAAAGCCUGUAGGAUAUACUUUAUACUAAUUUUAUAAAUUAUAUGUAGCUCUAUAUCAUGAAAGUGAAUAAUUUAAGGCAAAAAAUUCUGAAUAAGAUUUCAAAUGGCAGUUAAAUGAAUUUCAAAUGAGGUUAGCUGUAUAUAUGAGUAGUUUUGAAUUAACUAAUAUUCCAUAAAAAAAGCUUUAAAAAGAAGGUAAAACACAUUUUAAAUUUAUAUAUGAUUAUUUUGAUACAAAAAAAGAUUUCCUUAGAUGUGCUUUAAUUAAGCUUGAAAAUAGUUGCUAUUAUUUUUAGCAUAAAGAAAUUCAAGAGUUUUUUGUAGGAAAAUAUAUUUUGAGACUUAUUAAAGAUUUUAAAAGUGCUUUUUAAAUAGAUCAGUUGAAAAAAAUAUUGAAACGAGUUCAUUUAAUUAAUAUGAGUUUAAUUUAUCAUCUUCUAAAUUUAAUGGAGUAUUAAAUAUGAUAAAAGUGGAGUUAGAGAAUUAUGAUGAUAUUAAGGAAACUUUGAUAUAGAUAUUACAGCUUUCAACUAAUAACAAUUGUAUUAGAGCUGCAUCUAAUAGCAUUUUUAUGAUCAAUUAUUUAGGAAUGGAACUAGUAGGAGAAGAUCUAAGAGGAAUUUAAUUAGAAGAUACAAAUAUUUCUGGCCUAAAUUUUUUUGGGUAGUACUUUAGAUAAAUCAAAAUUUACAGAUGUUUAAAUAUUUAAUUGCAAUUUUAACAAUGCAAGCUUAAAAUAAGUAGAAUGGAGGAAAAUACUUUAGUAAAAUGUUGAAAUUUUAAAAUCUAAAAGUAGUGAAAUUAUAGAAGGAAUUAGAUUUUCACCAAAUAAUAAAAUCCUUGUUUCUUGGGGAAAGAAAAAGGUUUGUAUAUGGAAUUUAUAAACUAAAAAAAUAAAAAAGGAAUUAAAUUUAGAAGGGUAUGUUGAAAGUUGUAUUUUCUCGUCUGAUUCUAGUAAAAUUUUAUUAUUAUUCAAUUAUGAAGAGAGUAUGAGUAUUAUUUCAAUUUAUCUAAUUGAUGAAGAAGAUAUAAAAUUAUUAAUUUCUACACCUUAUCGCUUUAAUUAUCCAUUGAGUUUUUAUAAUAAUUAGGAUAAAAUUAUUUCUCUUAAUUAUAGAUACAAUUGUUUUUAAGUAUUAGAUUUAAUAAAUCAGAUUAAGUAAAAAUCUGAAUGGAUUUAAUAAAUUAUCGUAGAUAAAAAAGACUUUCCGUUAACAACUUUUAAUCUUUAUAGGGACGAUGAAGUACUAUUAGGAACUGAAGAUGGAUCAAUAUUUUAAUGGGAUAUUUUAAGUAAAUCUAUAAAGCCACUUUUAAAAAAUGUUCAUAAAAGUUAGAUAAUUUAAAUUUAAUCAGAUAAUACUUUUAUUAAUAAAGAUUUUUUAAUUUCAACAAGUUAGGAUCAAGUAAAUAUUUGGUGUAAAAUUAAUGAAUAAUAUAAAAAAAUUAAUUCAUUACCUUCUUUAAAGGUUAAUGGCUAAUUACCAAGAUAUUAUUUAAGUUAACAUAAUUUAAUAUUGUUCAAAAAAGAUCACAUAAUAUUUUAUAAUAAACUUAGAAUUUUACAUCUUCUUCAAAGAGAUAAAAUAUUUAAAAAUUGUAAUUGUUUAACAGAAGUAAAAAUUUAAUAGUUCAAAAAUCCAUAAGAAAAUGCAGAUUUUUUGUAUAUUUUUAUUGCUUCAGAUAAUUGUAUUGAGUAUUAUGAAAUAAGUGGAGACCAAAAGAUGAUAGAUACAAUUACUUUAGAUAAUUUUAAACCUAUAUCUAUUUAAUUCUGUUUGUCUAAUUGUAUUAUAAGUUACAACCAAGAUGAAACAAUUAGAUUUUGA